AAGAAAAAGUAGUGUUAUUCUACCUUUACAACACACACCACCACCACCACCACCACCACACGUUAUCACGUACACCACCGCACACCUUUCCACCACAACCACCAACGUCCUCUUAAACCACCACCCGGUUUCCAAUAAACAUUCACUCACUUCUUCUCUCUCCCCCCUCCCUCGUCCCUUGUGUGUGGGGGAAGAAAGAACAAAAGUAGAAGUAGAGAAAAGAGUAUCUACGAAACAAAAACGUAUGAGCUACUCCAUUGACGACGACCCAGCAGACUAUUCAAUAGACAGCCGUGCAACAAGAGUCCCUAUAACAACAACACCGUCAUUGUCAUCAUCAUCAUCAUCAUCCAUAGUACCGAUAUUACCAACCACAGCUGCUGUCACUGCUGCUACUGCUGCUAUUAACCUCGCUCCAGCUGCUACUACUGCUACUGCUACUGCUACUGCUACUGCUACUGCUACUGCUAGUACCACGUCCACUUUAAACACGAGAGAAACACCACCAGCCGCCACGGCAAGUGACCAUCAUCAAGUGAAGGCUUUCUUAGCCAGCUGCAACCUUUACCAGUACUACAAUGUCAUGAUCCACGAAGGAUUUGAUCAGCUUGAAGCGGUAAAAAGACCUGCUCAGAUCCGCCUUGCUCAGCAAGAAAAAACGCCGUUUCCCCGCUUUCCCCAGAUCCGCUGUACUCACACUCUUGUUUCUGAUUCGUUUUUAAAUCUAUUUCAUAGCUGCUUGAAGUGACCGAGCAUGAUCUGGAACAAAUGGGAGUCAAACGAGGACACCGACGGGUAAACCAUACAAGAGAAAAAGAGCAAAAGAAGUAAAUAAACUGGAGAUGCUUAAAGCGUGUACUUUAUUUAAUAGCUGCUGCAGCGGGCCAUCUCAAAUAUCAAAGGGCUGCCCAGUCUCUCGCCGCUGUUCAUCAACAGCCAAAAU